AUGUGCUUCGACCGCGACGAAGCCAGUGACAAUGUGGAUGUCAAAUUUGCGACUGGCCCUCUAGAUAACGACAACCCUGAGAGCGAAGUCGAUCCAAUGGAGCAAUUACACUACGAUAUCGGUGAAGCAACAGAAGCCUUGAGUGACGAAGAGACUGGGGAAAAGUAUGGCCCACCGGAUCACGAAGCAAACAGUGGCAAUGACAUUUCGAUCUAUGAGCUUGGGUCUGAGCCGCCAGAUGACGUCAAAGAACUGCAAACUAGCAGGGGGUUCGUGGCUGCGUGGAUUCUUUCAAGCUUUCCCGAUAUCACAAGUGAAGCGGAGCUGAAGUCACAAGCCGAGCAAGCAGACUACAACGCGCCGUGUGAUUCCGAACGAUGUCUGUGCGAAGAGUGCAGCACCUUCGCCGCUGUCUUCGUUUGCCAAGACUGCGGUCUCGCCCUCUGUUUCCGAUGCACGGACGCUAUCCAUAUCAUCCCGUCGCUCUCGGCACACCACAUUCGUUUUGGUCGAUCCAGCAAUACCAACCAAGCGCAUGAUUCUCAGCAUGAAACCCGCUUCGAAGUUGAAGCCGCAGUGGUAUCUUCAACUCCAAAAGCUCUCACAACGAAGACAGUACCACAACUACCAGAGUGUCGGUUGUCCCUCCCUGCCGGGACGCACAUUUUCUUUCGAGCUCCGGAUUGCUCACGUUGGUCACGCGAAUUACUUCAUGGAACUCUCAUAAGUCGGGAACCUGCCACGACCUCAAGUGAUGGAACAUUUUAUCAUCGCGUGCUCUGGUUACGAGGCGUGGAAGCCUUACCCAACGGCUUCUUCCGUGCAGCUCUGACACUCCCCGGUUGGGACACUAGCAGCGAAAAUGAAGUCAACAUUGGAGAGACCUUUUGGCACCACGAGAUUGGAGUAUUCUCAACGCAUCUUGGUGCGUUGCGUGCUGUCAUUACAGCGGAGCAGAUCGCGCGUGGUAAAUACCGACGCGAACUGGAAGGAGGACGUAUACACCGCCAUAUCAAGCUAGAUAAUAGCGAUGAAGAUCAACAGGAAGCGUUCCCGUCUUCCAAAGUAUUAGAUGAAAUUAUUGUGGAGACUUCAGCGACGCUUGGCAGUGAGUUUAAGGUACGGCUUACGCGUCAGGAUGAUAGGAAAUUCCAUCAAGAACUUGCUCAAGGCGCAUGGAACUUCCGCAAUUGGAUGAGUACCAUCGGACGUGCUGGUAAUUUACGCGAAGAAGACGCUGUACCAUUUGAACUUGGGGUAGCUAGUCGCGAAGAAGACGCAUACAAUGAGGAGCUGGAGAAACCAAUACCUACACCCUGGUCUCCUGCUACUCGCAUUCGCUACUUCAUGAUAGCUCAGCACGACUUGGUGUUCCCCGAGCGCGUGUGUCGACAGCAUCUUCGUGCGAUUCUGGAGCAAUUACUGUUUGUGUAUGCGGGUUUUGCUUGGCGAAUGUGGCAUGAAUACGUGGAGCGGCAUCGUGAACGAGAAGAGCAGCAGAAUCGCGAACACGCUGCUUGUGUAUUACAAGCGUGGGCUCGACGGAUGGCCGAGAGAGAGCGCCAAAAGGAACGCCAGCUCCUCUUAAACAUGGCAUUAGGGUCUUCAAUUGAUGCACUGGAACUCUAUCGACGUCGACAGAUCGAAGCAACGAAGCUGUAUGUCUUCCUCACUCGGCAGAUGGACGAACGGAAGCGCAAUGCAUUGAGACGAUGGCGAGAAGUUGUAGGGCCUAGUAAUCCACCGCCGUCACCAGCUAUAACGUGGCAUCCAAGUCACGGAAUGAAGGCCAUGCUGCCUAAACUACCGCGUAUGGGAGCUCGACGACGUACUGUUCAAGACAAAUCGGUUGCACCUGGAACCCAAGUGAUCAUCGAAGACAUGGCGGCGUACAAAUUAUUCAAAGCUAAUCAUGCUGGUCCAGCGGAUACAUCAUAUUGGGUCAUUCGAACACGGAUACUUGCCGGGGCGUGUCCUGUUGGCCCUUCCUUUCGCGAGGCACGAAGGCUGGUGUCACGUACGGACUUCGCUACAAGCGUUCUGCUGCAACAGAUCAGUGUGUUUGUGUGUCUAUUGGAACCCGAGGAACUGCAGAGUGUGGAGAAGGAGACUGACUGGAGUUAUGAACGUCAAGUUCACAUCAAGUAUCAAGCGCUAUGUACGGAGUUGAAAGGCUCCGAGACAGUCAGCAAACGCCAUGUUGCACUGGCACAACAAGCGCUGAUCGAAUUCGAUGCUGACGUCGGUAGUGCCUCGGUGGGGGGCUCUGGAACUAGGGACAAUAGGAUGAGAAGAGCAUCGCUGUCAGUCAAACAACGACAAGAAGAGGAUGAUGCUGAGGAAGCUAAGACGAAAGAGGCUCGUGAAGCGCUGGAACAAAAGCUUCAACUGGCUGGACAACAAGCAGUCAAAGCUUCACAAGAGCUAGCGCGGUUGGGUAUGAUGCAGCUUGAUUUCUUGUAUUUCCCUAUCGAACAUAACGGUGUUCCAGACAGCGACAAGUUGAUCGCAUUCCUCGAGCAACUCGAGUCUAGACUUCGUGAUGGUAAGAACCUGUACAUCUUCAGUCGUCUAGGUCACGGUCGAACGGGGAUCGUGUCGGCGUUGCUCCUUGGUCGUGUGUAUGGGAUAACAGCAUCGGAGGCUCUGGAACGAGCCCAGGGGGUCCACGACUGUCAACGUCCAGGAGCACCUCGAGGCUUGAGCUUCUGUUCUCCAACUACUGCACCUCAAUUAGCGUUUGUACGACGAACUCUAGCACGCUCGACGGGUCCUAUCUACGUUCCUUUAGUGCUUGAGAACUCAGCUGACGGCUUCCGUUCAACGCGAGUGCAGCAACGAGGGUUGUUAGCAGAGCCCUAUAUGAGAGACGAAGGGUUCAUGAUCAGCGCUGUUGGUGACACUAAAGCACGGGAACGUGAAUCAUUGGAGCUGAAGCGGUUAGAACGUAUAGCACGACGUGAAAGUACAGCUGCGGGGUUGCAGCGUGAGCGACGCAAACAGAAGAAUGAACACGACAGCAUGGAGAUUGAAGAACGUGAUCAAGCCGCUCGAGAGGUGAUGGAAAAUAUUUACAAGAACAUGGAGGGCUGA